AUAGAGGAAAGGGUAACAAAAAGAGCGGCAAGGGUUUCCUCCCCCGUCAGCUCCAGCAGUGGCACGAGGAAUGCGUUGUAUAGCUCUCUCAUCCGACUCCGUUCGAGCUUCUUCUCCAGCGAUUUCCCUGACCGCCCACGCUCUCGACAUAUUCUCGACGCACUUCUACUCCGGAGCUCGUCAUCGGCGGUUUCUUUAACUCCUCCGGCGUCGUCGUCGUCGUCGUCGUCUCUACCAUGGCGUCUAUAGCCUGACAGAAACGCCGGGCCCGCCGUCGCUCCUCCACCGCUGCUGUCGCACCGCCUGCUCCGUCGUGGAAUCCGCCGUUGAGUUCUAUAACUGCGAGACGUCGUCUACAGGCACAGCCCGUGUGAUGUUUAGCUGAUUGGGAUCGCCUAGGGUUUCUUUUUUUCCUUGGAUGCGGAAAUGACCGAGGGUUCGAGAGGCAGAGUUACCAUCACUCUCGGGCGAAGUGGCCAGGUGGUGAAGAGGGCAGGAGCUGUUUCAGAUACUUCAUAUGCUGAUUCGGUGCCAGCCAUCGGGAAUAAGCGCUCAAUCAGAGAUAGAUUAGGCAGUAAUGCUGAUAGUACCCUGUUGCAUGGAGAAAACCUUGGUAGUAAAAGACAUCGUGGAGAUAUUUCCAUGUCAAGUAGAGGUAGUAAUGGAGUAGAUGACAUGCGAAUUGGUAAAGGCGACCUUCGUUUGAAGCUUAUGCAAAAGAAUUCAUCUCGAAGAACUCUAAGUGAUGACGAACGUGAUGCCGUGGACCUCCGCGAGCAGCUGUCUAAAACAGUUCGCACCCCAGCAGCUGCACUUGAUUCAAGGCAGCGGAUGCAUGAAAGGAAGGAUAAUAGUUUCUUGGGUCGAAUUCCUCCAUCAAGAAGUACAAAUCAUUUGCCUCGGUCUGAGCCUCUUAGAAGUUCUUAUCCUUCUUUUGGUUUGGAGAGUUUGAGACGAAGAUCCCCAGAAAGGUAUGUUGCCAGUUAUAGGGGCCUCUCCCCCCGAAGGAGCCCAGAGGAUGUUCAUAGAAGGUUGCCAAUGAGGACAUCGGAUGAAGUCAGGUCAAUUGCUUAUAUGCGAAAAGAUGCGCUUCCUUCCAGGCCUAUGAGUAGUAGUGUGCCUUAUGUAACAAACUCAACACGUCCUUCUACAAGCGUAAGGCCUGCAGCAACAGUUCUGGGUCAGUCUCGUCCUCCGAGCAAUGUCGUGCAGAAAUCCUCAUACUUGGGUGAUGAACAUCAAACUGUUGAUGGCUUGUUGCAAUCAUUGGGUUUGGCAAAAUAUGCCAUUCAGUUGAAGGCUGAAGAAGUUGACAUGGCAGCGUUGAAGCAGAUGGGUGAACAUGAUCUUAAAGAGCUUGGAAUUCCUAUGGGACCUAGAAAGAAGAUUCUUCUGGCUCUCGCGCCUCCUCGUUCCAAGCGGCAAAUGUGACAUCAAUUCUUCCAAAAGUGAGAUUUUAAGAUUACAACUACUACAUUGGAAACGGAGUAGUUUGGAAAUGCAGUUUUGCUGAUUUCACAUAUGUUCGAAUUGUCUUACGACAAUGUGGCCAUGAGUCCUUUCACACUUCUGUCUCGAUUAAUUAGAUAGUAGAGGAAAUUUGAGAUAUGGACAUGAUCACCCUUCAAAUUUCGUGCUUCUUAAGAGGGUCUCUUCGUUAUCAUUUGGCUAUUUGGCUGGAUUAAGCUGCUUUUCUAUUUCUGCUCUCUUUCUUAUAUUGGUGUUGGUUUUGAGUGCUAGA